CCAAAACUAAACAAAAUGCAAUUCACAUUUCCAUGCAAAAGAAAGCGCUGUUAUAAUAAAAACUCAAGUUUCGCGCCUUUUCCGAGUGUAGAAAAUGGAGAAUUCUAUCAGGGAAGAUUCACAGGUCUCUCCGUGGAGAUAAUAGACCCCGUUGAGGCCAAAUCGCUGUAUGACAAUGGUUGCUAUGGCAAGGGAAGCAAAUCCCGCGGAGGACCGGCAUCUGGAGACGAGGAUGAAACGCUGCUCUUGGGCCUGGAGGAGUCCUGUUUCCUGGCCUACUACUUGAACAUUUUAGAGAUAACCAACUUGGCCGGCAGUUCCAUGGACUAUCAGCUUUUUACGGAGACAGCCCUAAAGCUAAAUGAAAGAUUUUUGGAAAACCUGGCCUGCUAUAUCUAUUUAAAGUCCAAGAACUGGGUGAUCAAGAGUGGCAUCAAGUUUGGCGGUGAUUUUCUUGUCUACAAGCAGAGUCCUCGUUUGUACCACGCCAGCUUCUUGGUUAUAGUUCAAACUCCCUGCGAUUCAGAUUACUACCAGUCAAAGAACCUGAAAGGCGUUCAACGCGUGGCCGAAACUUCGGAUAAGGAUGUGCUGCUCCUAACUGUCCAUAGACCUAAAGAUAUUGCGACUACCAAAGACUUGCAGGAGACCACAGUGACAGAGACAAUUGUGCGGCGUUUCAAUUACUUAACUUUUGUACAAAGCAAACAACAAUAGGGAACUACUACAUAUAUUCUAUAACUUC